AUGUCGAUGACUGAUGGAGAGGCAUCGCCACCAAGAACUCCUCCGCCCCGACGCAGGGCGGAGCGCCUUGCUUGUGGGCUGCCGGCUUACAUCAACACCCAGAAAGGUGGCAUCACUCAAUCAGAGGAGGCUCUGCACAUCCCCGAGAUCACGGCAUCUUUCAGGCCGAGACCGGGCGCGCCAGGCACAGCGGGGAGACGGCCCUACGCGGCACCCGGAGCCUUUUUGCUGCCCCCAGAGGUGAUGACAUAUCCCACUAGUGCCGAGCUUGUGGUGGCCGUGGCACAGGAUGGCUUGAACAGGUGGCUCAACAACAUCUCCACGCAGGUGAGCCACGAAGGUCGUGAGCAUCAGAUGGGGUGGCCGCAGCACAUACCCGGGGACCUCCCGAGCCUUCGGAACUUCAGGCCUUCCUGGUCAGACCUCGCAGGAGAGCGAGAAACGCGAGGAGAGCGAGAAACGAAGCACCGCGAGCUUCCCAUGAUCAGUGAAGAGACCUCCGGAAUCCUCAGAGGAGGUGCCGAGAUGUCUGGCAAAGAGAAUGUGAAUCUGAACCUGCCAGAGAUUUCCAAAAUGUAG